AUGUAUCUGACUGUAAAAAAGAUAGUGAGUGAAUGGUUAGCCAUUUGCCCAAUAAAGGCAUGCUCUGUUGUAGAUGUUCCCCAAAAAAUAGAGCAACCUCAUACAUUGAAUGAUCCAACUUUUCAAGAGGAUGAUAGUAAAAUACAUGAGAUUGAUAUUGAUAAAAAUGAAAUAUCUAAUACAUUGAAUGAUCUAAAUAGUAUACUUAUUGACAUGGAGGAGGGAGAGAAGGAAGAGAAAAAGAAGGACAAGGACGAGGAUGAGGACAGGGACAAGGAUGAUGAUAAAGAUGAGGAUGCUGGUUCUCCUGAUACUCAUGGUUCCAUAGGUAUCCUUAUUGGGUCUAGUAGCAACUCAUCAACAACUAGACGGUUUUUCCCUAAUGGUCAUUCUAUCUCAAAGACCAUCAUAGAAAAUUUUGAGGAACGACAAGAUGCUACUGGAUAA